AUGCCUUCCUUCACCGCCAACGUCGUGCUACUGGGCGCUGCUGCCGUCGGCACCAUGGCAUCAUCGUUUACGACCGUCCCUUCCGGUAGCUGGCCUUCUACUACGCAGACAUCCACUACCAUGGAAUCGUCGUUCACAACUAUUGCCUCUGGUAGCUGGCCCCUUAUGCCUGCACAGUCAUCGUUCGAAACCAUCCCUUCGGGUCACUGGUCUCCUUCCCCCACGCAGGAAUCGACCACCACGGAACCAUCGUUCACAACAGUUGUGUCUGGCAGCGCGCCUGAAUCUCCUACGCAGGCAUCGACUACUCUUCCCUCUGGUGGCUCACGACAACCCCCCAGCCAGGGACCAACUACCACGGAGUCGUCGUUCACGACUGUUCCCUCUGGUAGCUCGCCUGAACCCACUAGCCAGGCAUCGUCUCAACUGUUUCCACCACCUGCCGGGUGUGUCGGCUCACCGAGCAGCACGACGCCAGGUGCUCCGUUCACCACGGUUAUAACUUAUCAGUCCACCACGACCUUGACCGUCUCGUUGAUUACGAUAUCAGAUGCCCCCUCCAGCACGACAUCGCAGGGUCUGCCAUGA